GAGAGAGAGAGGAACAGAGACAGGGAGGCAGCCAGGCAGAGAGGAGCUGGCGGUCUGGUGGCCUAGCAUAACACACGGUGGAGCAGCCUGCCUUGCAUGCAGGACUUGGUGUGAGCCUCAGCAGCGGGGGAACUUCCUUUAACGUCAGUCUGUUGCAGAGAAAACUGACUGUGCCGAGGUUCACAGGAAGGCCAAGACAGCACAGACGUCGGGUGGAGGAGACACACAGAAGCGAGACCUCAAGAAGAGGAGUCCUCUGGAACGGAGACGGCGCGCUCAGGGGUGAGCCGUGGACAUGCUGUGGAAGCAGUGGCUGUGGAGAGACUGAUUUCCCUUGAGGUUGAGGAAGAGGUGGGUCGCCAGAGAUGAUUCCUCAUGAAGUCUAUGGUUCUGUGAGCUGGCAUGCCUCCAUCUUCUACGAUUUGAGACCAGGAGCUGCCCACCAGUGACCACAGGCAGAACCAGAAUCACACAGCGCGCGGGGAGGCUGGUCCUUCUCUUAACCACCUAGUAAAGAAAGCGACUUUGAGGAAAUUAGAAGUACUGGGAUAUCAUAAGCCAAGAAGGUACAAUGAAGUCCAACCAGGAGCGAAGCAAUGGGUGCCUGCCUCCUAAGAAGCGUGAGAUUCUGGCAUUGGAGCAGAGGCCAGUAGUGGUCACGGCAGCAACACCUCCAGCUGCAGUGGCUAGCGAUAGCCCUCAUACAGAGAAUUUAGCGUGGCUCGCGAGUGUAGCCAGUGAACGCUGCAAAUCGAGAGACACUGAAAGCCCAAGGUGUCCUGUCUCCUCCAUGUCAAACUCUCCUCCCUCGUCUUCUUUCCCUUCCUCAGCCACUCCUCUCUCUGCCGUGCCCCUAACCUCUCUGCCAACUGUUUACCCCACAGCCCUUCCCCAGCAGGCUGGAACUAUCCAGUUUGCUCAGCUGGGGCCCAACGUUCAGUUCAUCAGCUCUGGACCGUAUGCCGGCUACAUUUCCUCUCACAUCAUCACCACCAAUGCCAGUUCUGUUCCCAACAGUUCCACCAUAGUAGGACAGCGUACCCAGGUGGACGGUUACAUGACUACACUCAUCUCCCCCAAUCCAAAAGGGGAGCAGCAUUUUCAGAUAGGCCUUUCUCCCACAGAUCUGACACCUGUGUCUCUACCAAGUUCUCCCCAGGUGACGAGUCAGUACAUCCACCUGGACAGCCGAGCACCUCUGACUGUUAGUGGAAGCACCAUCACCUCGCCGACAGCGCACCUACAACUCCACCCACACACACACACUGUCCUCCCUCAGACGUUUUCCCUCGCUCCUUCCCAGCUGGUUGUUCAAUAUGCAGAUGGCUCGGUUGGGAAGAAAGUAGAGGGACAUGGUAAGAGUAUUCUGAAUGGUGAACUGGAAGUUGUCAAACAGAGUAAACCUACAAAUCAGCAGCAAAUCCAGAGCUAUGAGGCCAGACACAUACUCUUGCCUGCAGACUAUGGCCAGAACCCCUCAGGACUCCAGACCUCCUUGGUGUUGGUGGCCCAGCCGAACACUGAACAUGAACCUGGCUCAAAUAAGAUCUCCUUUGUGCAGACAGAAAAGGGGGGUAUCUGUCUAGGCAAACCAAUGUCCAGAUCCUCUUCUUUUACUUCACCAUCUUCCUCAGAGGUGGUUAAGUCUGCUGUCCCUCAUACAGUCAUCCAGACCACUUUACCAACUGAGGAGCUCCCACCCAGCCUGUAUUCUUCUACGCAGCCACCAAUCAUUGGCUAUAUCACCAAUGCAAACCAGCAUACUGUCAGUUAUCACGCGGCACUGUCCCAGCACCUGGUCAUCCCCAGUGGCCAGUCCCUCCUCAUCCCAGUUAGUGGCUCCAGUAAUGUCACAGACAUGGAUGCAAGUCGUACUGUCAGUGGCUUGACUUCAACCACCACCCCUCAAAUAUCCACUUCCAUGCCACAUGCCUAUCUGGCAAGCCUGUCCAAAUGUGAUACGCUUGGGCCAGAUGGAAAUCAGCCCCCUGCUGUUGCGCAGGCUCCAGCGCUGCCGGUCCUGGCCUCAAACCCAGUUCCUGCAGAGGUGGCAGAACAACCCCCUUCUCCGGUGCCUGUCUCCACCCCUGCCCCUGUUUCUAUCCAAGCCUCCCCCUUGAUUUCUUCUUGUUCUCCUGUGGCACUUCCUCCAUUCUUUAUGCGAGGCUCAAUCAUCCAGCUGGCUGAUGGUGAGUUGAAGCGUGUGGAGGACCUGAAGACAGAAGACUUCAUCCAGAGCGCUGAGAUUAGCAGCGAGUUGAAAAUCGAUUCCAGCACUGUGGAACGUAUUGACAGUGGACAAACACCUAAUGCUGUGGUCAUACAGUUUUCUGUGGGAGAGCUCAAAGCCCAGGUGUGUGUCGAGGUCCUGAUGGAGUAUCCCUUCUUCGUAUUUGGCCAAGGCUGGUCAUCCUGCUGCCCAGACCGGACCACCCAGCUGUUCGAGCUGUCCUGCGCUAAGCUGUGUGUGGGUGACGUGUGCGUGUCCCUGACCCUCAGAGGCCUGAGAAAUGGCUCGGUGACAGAAGGACAGAUUUUGGGGACCAAGCUGAAGCCUGGGAACCGCUCAGACUCCUGUCACAAUGUGGACAUUACUGUAAGGAACAGUACAAGUCCAAACACCGCAAACAGCAACGGCGGCCUCUUGAUGAGGGGUUCCAGCUCUGACCGGCCGAUAAGUGAGCAGGUUUCUGAACCAGCAGUGGGACUGAAAGGAGACCCUGUGUUAGUUCCAGGACAAAGAGAGGGGAUCUACACAACGGGACCCACAAAAGCUGACAUACCCAAAGUACAGUGUGCUGAUCCAGAGAGGCCCACAGUCCGUAAGAGGCGCUGGUCGGCUCCAGAGCGAAACCAGACUGAGAGAGGCGAGGAAGAGCCUCCUCUGACGCUGCCCAAACCUUCCUUCAUCCCUCAGGAGGUUAAAAUCAGCAUAGAGGGCCACUCCAGUAACGGGACGAAAAGAUGCUCCAACAAAAGGGUAGACAGCUGAAAGAGCCGUCCAGAAUGGCAAAUACCUGUGCUUAUCCUUUUGUGUUUAUCGCCGUCUUAUUUCCUCUCUAUCCAGACUACUGUAAUAUAGAGUUUACACAGUAUUUACAUUUUUUUUUCUUUCAGAUGAAUCUCAUAUCUAGAAUGAAGUACACAGAGCACCUUCAUGCGUGAUAUCACAAACGAGAUCAGUGCAAUCAAUGCUGAUAGCAAAAACGAAUGCAGUGAAUGUUGAGCGUGAAAGGCACCUGGGAGAUGUUUGAAUGGUUCAUCACCCUUCAGAAGCUGGUUGCUGGACUCAGACCAAUCAAGUUUUUUUGUUUUUUGCUUUCGUCUUCGCAUACGAACGAAGCGCAGCGAGUGCAUGAUGGAAAACGAGUAACCAAAAUGUGACUACUCAUCCCGUUUGUCUUUGGAUCGUCAUGUUCUGCUGCAUUUUGUGCAUCAUACCUUUUUUUUCAUUUUGUUUUAAUAUUCUUUCUUUCAGCUGCGAAGCAUUGCAGAUGUUUGCAUCUUUCCAUUUAGUGCAGGUGCCUCGUGUCUCAGUGUUUUUCUGCGUUGCUGUGAACUGUUAAAGGUGGAGCACAGGAGUCAUGCAGUAUGUGUGUAAAGCCACUGAGUUUCUCUUUAAUACUGACUAUAUGCUGAGAAUUUGAUACUAAUGCAUUUGCAAUAUCCGGGUUGCACCUGGCUGCACUUCACCGAUGAAGCUCUUCAGUCAAAUUUACCUUGAAAGUCGAGUGCAGCGUUUUGCAAUGUGCUGGCUUAUGUGUGCAGCAUUUCAAAUCUGCACAAAUAAGUACAACUCAAGGUAUUGCUAUAAAAGACACAAUGUUACAUUA